CGUUGUGGCUCCCGAAGGUGCCCAGAUCCUGGUGCAGCCAUGGCAUUCAGAAGGACAGAGGGAAUGUCCAUCAUGCAGGCCUUGGCAAUGACUGUGGCAGAGAUCCCCGUGUUCGUUUACACAACCUUUGGGCAGUCUGUGUUCUCUCAGCUGCGGCUCUCUCCAGGCCUGCGCAAGGUGCUCUUUGCCACAGCCCUGGGGACCGUGGCCUUGGCUCUCGCAGCUCAUCAGCUGAAGCGGCGCCGCCGCCGAAAGAAGCAAAUUGCUCCGGACAAAUGUGGCUUUAAACCAGGAGGGAUCGCAGUGCCCAUCCUGCCAACCAGGAGGGUCUCCUCUGUGAAGAAAGGAUACUCCAGCAGGAGAGUGCAGAGCCCUGGGAGCAAGAGCAAUGACACACUCAGUGGGAUUUCCUCCAUUGAGCCCAGCAAACAUUCCAGUUCCUCCCACAGCCUGGCCUCGAUGGUAGCAGUCAACUCCUCAAGUCCAGUUCCCCCAGGGAUGUGGGAGGCCCAGGCAAUGGGAGAUGUUGGAGCCAUUGGUGAUUCCAGUGCAGAAAGCCUCUAUGUUCAAGGCAUGGAGCUCUUUGAGGAGGCCCUGCAGAAAUGGGAACAAGCACUGAGCAUCAGGCAGAGGGACAGUGCUUGUACCAGCACCCCUGUGCCCUGGGACAGCAGCAAACAGCAAGAGAGCAUGUCUGAGAACAUUUCAGAGGAGGACUCCCAGAAAAGGGAGUUUGCUGAGAAGCUGGAGUCCCUCUUGCACCGAGCCUACCACCUCCAGGAAGAGUUUGGCUCCUCUCUCCCAUCGGACAGCGUGCUGCUGGAUCUGGAGAAGACUUUGAUGCUUCCGUUGGCGGACGGAUCCUUGCGGCUGCGGACGGAUGAUGAGGACAGCUCCACUUCGGAGGAUUCCUUCUUCUCUGCAGCAGAGCUCUUUGACUCUCUCCCCUUUGAGCAAAUGCCAUUCCACCUCUCCAAGCCAGUGGCAGCAUACGAAGAAGCUCUGCAGCUGGUGAAGGAAGGGAAGGUCGCGUGCCGGACGCUGAGGACAGAGCUCCUUGGCUGCUACAGUGACCAGGAUUUCCUGGCAAAGCUGCAUUGUGUCAGGCAGGCAUUCCAGGAGCUGCUGGAGGAUGAAAGCAAUCAGCUGUUUUUUGGGGAGGUUGGGAAGCAGAUGAUGAUAGGACUGAUGACAAAAGCUGAAAAGAAUCCCAAAGCUUUCCUGGAAAGCUAUGAGGAGAUGCUGCGUUAUGCCUUGAAGCAGGAGACCUGGCCAACCACUCAGCAGGAGCUCGAGGGAAGAGGGGUGGUGUGCAUGAGCUUCUUUGAUAUUGUGCUGGACUUCAUCCUCAUGGAUGCUUUUGAGGAUCUGGAGAACCCUCCCUCCUCAGUGCUGGCUGUGCUGCGCAACCGCUGGCUGUCCGACAGCUUCAAGGAGACGGCUCUAGCAACUGCUUGCUGGUCAGUUCUGAAAGCAAAAAGGAGGCUUCUGAUGGUACCAGAUGGCUUUAUCUCUCAUUUCUACUCCGUAUCGGAGCAUGUCAGUCCUGUUCUUGCCUUUGGUUUUUUGGGGCCCAAGCAGCAGCUAUCUGAAGUCUGCAGUUUCUUCAAGCACCAGAUCGUGCAGUAUCUGAAGGACAUGUUUGACUUCGACAAUGUGAGGUACACGACGGUGCAGCUGCUGGCAGAGGACAUCCUGCAGCUGUCGCGGCGGCGCAGCGAGAUCCUCUUGGGAUAUCUGGGCACCGAGACUGCCCCGGAGAUGAACGGCGUGCUUCCUGCGGAAACCGAGCCGCUGAAGGAGGAGCUCAUCUGAUGUCAGUGGAGGAAAACACUUUUGUACAAGGACCUUUUCCUCCCAGAGAUGGAUAAAACUACCUGCAAAGUGCAGUGGUGGCAGCAAGACUAUGUGAACACACAGCAAUCUGGUGGGACCUUCUGCUUUUUGUAGCCAGUAGUGUUUGCUGGGAUGGAUCCAGGACCACUUGCCAAGUUAUGGUUUGAAUUUCUUCUUUGUUCCACCUUCCUGUCAUUAUUAUUACUUUCACUGUUUCAUAUAUACAUUGUGUCCUGAACUGCCCGGGCCCAGAUUUUUGCCCAAUUCUCUUGAAUAGGGCAAUGUAUGUACCUGUUUUGCCUUUGUGUGUUCCGGGAGGUGAAUCACUGACGUUUACGAUUGUGUGUGGGAACAGGAAUAUUGUUGGUAAAUUCUCCACUUGACCAUUAGCUUCUCAAGGAGGCUUUGCGUGCUUUGGGAUUUUUAUUACCGUUCUUCUCUGCUGUGUUCCUACAGACACUAAUGACUGCUGAUUUGUACCUUAAGUGUGAUAACAUAUGCAGUGUGACUAGCAAAGAUUUCUUUCCUGGGGAGGAAGAAAUAGUUCUGUAAAGCACUGAAGUAAAAUGCAGACUUUUGUAAAGGAGUCUGAAGCUCUGGGGAAAUUGGUCUGUUCCCUUGGAAUUGCUGCUCUUUGGAGACCAGAUGACGAGCUCUGUGUCCUGGUCAUCCUUGCUUAGGAGGUUGCUGAGGUUUAUGUUUGCCCCUAAGGCAGGUUGGUUUGAGAAGGGGGGGUGAUUUGCAUUUUGCCUGUGCUUGCACAAAGUCUUUGACACCCAUCAAAGUGCCUUGCUGGAUUUCAGAAUGAGCCAGCAGCAGCUUUUGCUGGGUAGGAGGUGUGGGGUGUGUACAAGCAGGGGGAAGGGGUAAUAACGUGGUGCCUAUUGCUGUUGUGCACAGGGUAGUGAGAGGUGUAGAAGUUGGAUGUGAGGUUAAGUGUGUGGAUAGUUGGAGAGCUGGGAUCAAGCUUCUAGAGAGGAAAUGACUCUUUACAGUUUGUCAGUUCUAGGAAAUACAACAUAAUUUUGGGUAAUGAUCAGAUGUGUGUGUGUAUGGUAGUGCUUCUCAAAUGCUGUGAUUCUGACUGCCCAGCCAGCACCUGGAAGCUGGCUGCUUUGGGAUGUGAACUGAGCUGGAUACUCGUGUAGGACAGCAGCAGUGGAGUGUGCUGGACUUAGUGAAUCAUAAAAAUCACAGAAUAAUAGAAUAUGCUGAGUUGUAAGGGACACGUAAGGAUUGAGCCCAACUUCUGUCUCUGUACAGGACACCCCAACAUUCCCACCACGGGCUGAAGGAAUUGCCCAAACUUCUUGAACUCUGUCAGUCUUGGUGCUGUGACUGCUUCCCUGGGGAGCCUGUUCAGUGCCCAUCCACCCUCUGGGUAGAAAACCUUUUCCUGAUAUCUAACCUAAACCUCUCCUGACUCAGCUUCAUGCUGUUGACUUGAGGCAGUCCUGACUUGCAGGACUGAGGUUUGCAAUGAUUUGCUGAGUCCUCUGUGAGUACAAUGCCACAGAUAAAAGUAGAGAUCCAGCCUGUGCCUUCUUCUGUUUCAGUCCAAAUAAAGGUCCAAGUCCAACCCUUGGAAUGAGGAGGACUUCAGGACUUCCACAAAAACAUGAGCCUCACUGUUUUUGUUCCAGACUGAUUAGUUACCCCUUGUGCCUGUGCUGGGUGAAAAACACAAGGCUUACCCGGAUGUAUUUUUGCAAGUGGAAAAAAUAUGUAAGAGUCUGGAAUUUCCAUAUGAGUGGAAAGUCAGUGUGUGGGCUUGGAGAAUACAAAUGCUUUCUUCCUCUUCAGAUAUCUAAUGUGGAUUCUGCUGGUAAAAGCAGUAAGGAAAUAAACAGAGAAAAAAGUAAACAGGAGGAUGUAAAAGGAACAGAUAAAUGUGCUGUGCCAUGUGUUUUAGGGACACCCUCCCUGAAAUAAAACAGGGCAGGAGAUCUUUCUCCUUUUAAUGCCUUUAUUAAAAGUGAUCAGGUCAGGAUGAAGGAGGGGGGGGGGGGUGGGUGUUGACAGGUCCGCGGUUCCCUGCCACCGCUCCCAGGAGUGACGAGGAGGAAAGUGCAGCUCUGUCCCCCAGGGGGCAGAGCUGGGGGUCCCUUCCUCACGAGGGCAAUGGGGGUAUACCCCAUGUUCCGCUUUUUGAGUUCCAGUCUUGGGUCCUGGCUCCAACCCACAUCUUCUUAGGUUAUGGUGAGGGGCCACUAAUCAGAUGUAGUCUGCUGCUCCUUUGCAUCAGGGUCCCCUAAAAAUGACUCCCACACCUUGAGCCUUUCUUCCCUUUCUCUUGCAGUCUCCUCCACCUGAUAAUCUGUUACACCAUCCCAUGUUUCAGCACUGAGCUGACGGCCACCAAACCACCUUCCAUUUAGAGUCAGCUUGCACAAAUCAGCUUCUGUUGCUUCUUUAAAUGACACAGAAGCGACACCAUCAGGGUGCCUAUCAAAUAUGAGAACCUUCUUUACUUGACCAUACUUUUCACACUCCGUCCGCAGAUCUUCUCUUAUUUCAUUUAGCACUAGAGGGUCCUCCUCAAAGUCCUUGGGGUGAAACAUAUUCCUGAUAAUAACGAUGCGUUCAUGCCGCAUUCGAGUUGUCCCAUCUUUCUUCUCCGGCCUCCAAUCCAGCUGUUUCUGCUGCUGUGACAACUUCUUCUUGUAGUCUUUACACUUCUUCUUCUUUUUGCUUGCAUCAUACUCCCCCUUCAGUUGGAACUUUGCAACUUCCACAUGCAAUUUAUAGCCUCGGAUUUCUGCUUCAUCCAGAAGCCUCAAAGCAAGUUGAACUGAUUCUCUCUUCAGAUAACAACAGAGGCCAUCUCCUUUAAGUUUUCCGUCCUUAUCUUUGUACAGUUUGAUCUUGUGUUCUUCUGUCUGAGGAUCUCUCAUGAUGAUACCACAUUUUGACAUGACUUGUACAAAUUCAUCUUUCCUAAUGUCUGGAGGUAAACCUGUCACAUAAACAUUUGUGUUCCUAUCUUCUUCAACGUGAAACCACCCUGGCUCUAGCUUCCUUUUUUCCAAUUUUUGUUUUGGAUCUGUUUGUUUUCGUCCUGUUUCAUUGGCUGAUGGUUGUGUUCCUGAUUUCUUAAAACAUACUGGUUGCUUACUUUCAGUGGCUGUACCAGAAGCAGAUGAAGUAUCUGUCUCAUCUGCAUGGAAGCCAUAGUUGGCAUGAUAGGUUGCCAGGAAAUCUUCUGUUAUCUUGGGGAACCAGGCCUUCUUCUCCAAGGCCCACUCGUAGGCAGCCCCAUCUGCCGGGUCCACAUAGGUAAAGGGGUCAGACUCACCCUCGGCUGGCUUGGCCUCGUACUGCUGCUGGAGCUGCAGCUGCCGGUAGAACUCCUCGUUUCCAUCCUUGCCGCUCAUCCUGCCCCGUUCACUGGGCCCUGGACACCAGUGCUUGUCUUGGUUUGGAAAGACAGGUGCCUGCUAAAGAAGGCAGGAGCCUCCUCUGAAAUGGAGAAGGCAAACCUUCCCCACCCCUCCGAAUUGCUAUGAAUUUUAAAUUAAGGGGCUCUCAGACAAAAAAUAUGGGAGCAGGAAAUAACAGUUCUUUGAUAGGGAAGGAAAAAAAAUAAAAGGAUAAAAUAAAACAAUGCAAUACACUUGAACAACCCUGAUAGAGUCAGAACUCAAGUCCAGUUGGAAAAGUGGCUGCAGUCCUCCUGAAGUGUCAGGUGUGGUUCUGUUGGAGCAGGGGUGUCCUGUAGAGAAAGGGUGUAUUCUUCCUCUGCAGAUCUGUGGAAGUAGAAGCAGCUGCUGUUCCUCUGGUGAAUCCAGUGGGAAGCUGUGCUGGGGUGUCAGAAUCUCCAGAUUAUAUCUGGGUAGCAAGUUUGGCUCCUCCCUCUGGGCGGAGCAUCUCACAAUGGGAUGUUACAGUUCUUAUCAGCCAUGCGGUGACAUUCAAUAGCUUCUUAUCAGCAGAUGUCCCCUGCCAAGGGACUAGUGAUUAUGAUCACUCAGGGAGAGAGAUAAGGAGAAAUUGCCCACUUGACACCAGACAACUGCCAUACAGAUGGUAAUAGAAUACAUUUUGCCUUGCAGUCUGGAACAGCACUCCUAGAGUCCCCAGUUGAGAUAAAAUGAGGCAGGAGAUUUUUCUCCUUUUAAUACCGUUAUUAAAAGUGAAUAAUUCAGGAUGGGGAGGUUGACAAGUCCAUGGUUACCUGUUGCCAGUCCCAGGAGUAACUCAGAGGAGGAGAGAAGUACAGCUCUGUCCCCCAGGGAGCAGAGCUGGGGGUCCCAUCCUUAAAGGGCAAUGGGGGUAUACCCCGUGUUCUGCUUUAGAGUUUGCAGUCUUGGGUCCUGGCUCCAACCAACAUCUUCUAGGUUAUGGUGAAGAGCCACUAAGGUUUUCAGCGUCUCUGCUGGCUCCGGACCUCGCCCCUGAUGUCCAGACACUACUUUGAUCUCUUAAUUCUGCUGCUUUUGGAGUCUUUUCCUGGAUUUGAUGGGGAUCCCCUCAUGUUGCAUUCUGGGCUUGAGAUAAUUUGAAUAGACUCAUGAGGUCUCCUCCUGGUCCCGCUGUCCCAGGGGAUGCCAUCCUCCUGGCAGCAGGCAAGGGUGGUACUGAGAAAGGAGAAUUCUCAACAAUAGAUGGUUAAAGAUACUUAACAGGUGAUUACAACAGUCAGCUAACAAAAGAACCUUCCUUGGCCAGCAGGCCAGCAAUCAAAUCUCAACUUAACUUGUAAUUCUGCAACCCUUUAAAAAAAAAAAGAGUAACUCUUUUUGCUCAUAACACUCCCUAGGCAGGGAGGUGGGACCAGAUGACCCACUGUGGUUCCUUCCAACCUGACCCUUCUGUGGUUCUGUGAUUCCUUGAAAUGCUCCUGAAUUGUUUGCAGGGGGGUGCUUGUAGAGCACAGUAACAUCUGGUGCUCUGUAAGCACAUCAGACUGAUGUGGCUUAUGCUGGUAACCAGAUUAAUGCAAUAAACAGGACAAUGCUGAGGCAGAAAUUAGGAUCAGCUGCCCCAGGUGAGGCUGCGUGGAAUAAACUGUUAUGAGAAGGCUUUAAGAGACAGCAGUUGGAACUAGGAAGGGUCUCUGAGGUGUCUGGCUCCUGGUAGUGUGCAGGAAGAAAAGAAAUGGAGAAUGUUGUAUUAGCAUGACACACCUGCUACCUAUAAACUGUGAUUCGAAAGUAUGGUAUAUUCUGAAAGCAAGUUACUUUGCCAAAAAAAUAAUGUUGAUUGUGCUUUGUGCUCCUGUAUGGCUGGUUUAGAAGAAAGUCACUUCAGCAGCUUUUGUAUAGUGGUUAAAAAGAUAAAAUGUGAAUAUUAAUAUAAUGAGAUGGACUGUAAUUCUAAACAAUCAGUGCUGUUAAUUUUUUUUGUUUAUUUUUAGUGUUGUUUUAUGUGUAUUUAUUUACUAUUUUGAGUGUCUUUGUCCUCAGUUCUUGGGCAGCCUGCCUGUUUUGUGUACAGACAAAAACACUGGCUGCUGACUUUGGGCUUUUGCAUCCUUGCAGGAGAGGAUACUGAAACAGGGUCCCCCCGAAGCAAACACUAACUUGCACUGUGUGGCUUUUUAAGCUGAGAAAUUGUAAAUUCCUUAUCAAUCAAAUGAAGAAAGACUGUUUUAUUACAGCUUGAUGCUUUUCCUUAGCCCUAAUUGCAAGUAGGUUACACAUCCCGUCCAGUGAAGGUAAAGAGGAAUCUGCCUCGGGAACAUCCGCAGCUUCUUGAAGGUCGAAUUCUCCGCCUUUUUCCACCAGCAGUGACUUGGUCCUGCACCAGCCAGGGAUGUUUGCCGAGACAAACUGGUUUUAUCUUUACUGGGAUGGAUGUUAAAAUUCUCUUCACCUACCCCUCACUUCAUCGCUGCUUUUUGUCCCUCCCCAGUCCCGGUGUAGCUCCAGAGGAAAGGUAGAAAGGUGUCUGCAGCCUCUGAAGGGAGCUUCAAGGAUCAGGGGGUUGACAGGAGCUGUUCCUGUGGAAGAAGCUUUCCCUGGCCUGAGCAGUGGUGUCAGGCACCUGCUGUGUUCAAGUCCUUCGGAUGCAGCCCUCAGGCUGCUUCCACUGAUCCCACCCAGAGCAGGGCCCAGCCCAAAAGGUGACUUUCCUAUUCACCUGUAUUGCAGGGUAGAGUUAAAGGGUGUGAUGGAACACCUGCCUGCCCUCUGGCUUCCGGAGAUCCCUAGAAAACUCCUUCCCCAGCAUAUUGUGUUUAGCAACAGAAAUUCUGCAGUAUAGUAGCAGCUGUGUAUUGGGAUAGAACCCCUUGAGAUAAGAUGUUCACCUUUUUUUAUGAUGAACUCUUAUUCUCAAGGGGUUAAAUCAUCCUGGGCUGACACUUGCAAGAUUUUAACACUGAUGGGGAUUUAAAGUGGCUUAGCAGCAAUGAAAUAAAAUCCCUCAAUAGUGUCUGAUGCUUAAACAGAAUUUAAAAUAUGCAUGACUUUCAUUUUUGAUGUGGAGGUUGUAACAAGCUUCACCAGAGGUUAAAGUACAUCCUUGGUACUUUAGUAUGUAUGUAGAGACUAUGCCAAAUGGCUCUAGGAGGGUCUUUAUGGUCUUUAAAGCACAUUAAUAAAAAAAUUAUGAGGAAAAAUCUGCCUUGUAUCUACAAGAUCAGUGUGGCUUUGAAGAGCAUGACUUGUGUUGUCUCAUACAGGGAAGUGGGAAAGAGGAAUUUUAUUUAUCCCUCUUUAGUAGAACAUUCCUUUGCCAUAUCUGAAACUAAUGAAUGUAAACUUGUGCCUAUUUUUUCUUGAUUUCCUAAAGGUGUAAAAAUCUGUUCUUGUUUUGCUUUUAUCUUUUUCUUUGCAGCUAAUUUUUUAAAAAUAUCUUUAAUCUUAGGAUGUGGGCAUUACAAGUAAAAUAAAAAUUUCCAUCAUGA